GGGGACAAGACAACGUCACCGAGAUCUAAGACGCACGGUAUAUAUCUUAGUGCCGGGACGUUUGGCCGGCUCCAGUACCUCCACACGAUGUUCCUGAUCGCGAUCACGCUCAUCCUUGCCGGGCUUCCUUGCGCACCGGCACACCACAACAGUACCGAUGUACUUCAAUAUAUGCCCAGGAUGUACGACAUGGACGACUACGGUGCCUGCAGACAACAGGGCAAAACAUUCUGCGAAACAGCUGCGUUUUUUGCCACAACGCAGAACGACAGCGAAAUAUGGAAGUACAUAGUAGAAUCGAGGCAAGAAGUGUACAAGUACAGCAAAGACAGAGUGUACAGGGGUUUGUGUGUACCUAGGGACGUGCAAGCCGGACAAAUUGAAAGGUAUUUGCAGAAACGUAUUGAGCAGGAGAUUCAGAACGUUUCGUUGCAAAUCGUCAAGAGUGACGUUUUUAUAUGCAAGCCCCAGAUUGAGUUGUACUCAAGUGAUUAUGUUAGAGUGGUUCUGUUCAGUUUGUACCUGUUGUUUGUUGGUUACGCCACCUAUUAUGAUAGAGGCACCAGAAGUGAUGUCGACAAGGAUUCAUCAAGUCGAAACAAGUACUUAUUGGCGUUUUCACUACUAUCCAACAAUGAAAAAGUACGUAAACCAAUCCAGAAUAAAUUUUACAACGACUUGAAAUCGAUACAGGGUAUCAGAACGUACAACAUGGCUUUAGUCGUAAUGGGGCAUUCCCUCAUGAACUUCUUCAUGGUAUACUGCCAAAAUCCUCAUUAUUUGGAAAAGAUGUUGGAGAACGUGUCUAUGUUCUUUACGUGGGGCAUGUUUUUGGUCCAACCGUUCUUCUUGUUCUCCGGCUGGUUCGUGAUGCUGCAUAUUCACCAAACUUUGGAGAAGAACGGUUCGAUCCCCACAAUUGAUUAUUUUAAAAUGUUGAUGUUUAGGGUUUUAAGACUGUGGCCCAACAUGAUCUUCAUGAUGAUCAUCCACAGCAGUCGUUUCCCUUCUUUGUUUUAUGACGGAGCUCAAUCUUUCGUCAUGGAGAGCGACCACAUGAGCUGCACCAAAAAUUGGAAGUACACGUUGAUGUUCGUCACCAAUUUUAUGCCUUACGUCGAAGUGUGUAAUUUAGCGACUUGGUACUUGUCAGCGGACACGCAGAACUUCAUAAUAAGCUUGGUGGUACUCUAUGUGAUCAUCAAAUUUAAACUGCCAAUUAUUCGAAGCCUUCUAAUAUUCUUCAUUGCCAGCUGUGUCCUCCAAAUGUCAAUAAUGUAUUACCACAACUUAGAUUUAAUCUACAGGGUGUCUCCGGACAAUUUCAACAUCUACAACACAUUGACGAUAUACGACCCACUUUUGUACCACUGGUACUUGUCGGCAGUUUCUAACACCCCCAGCUUCAGUCUGGGACUUUUAUUCGCCUCAAUUUACUUCCAAUAUAGGGAGAAAAAAUUCUUUGACUCCCCCUUAAUGAAGCUCGUGUGGUUCUUUGGAUUUUUCGGCACGUCUUUCGUCGCCGUUUAUUUGGCCACGUUACAUUAUAAUGCUGUCUUGACAGCCUUGUUGGGGGCCAUUUUAAAACCCAUGUAUUCAUUGGGUAUUGCCAUUGGGGUCCUUGGCAUGGCGCAAGGAGUUGGAGGACUCAUCAAGAGGAUUUGCGAGUGGAGGCUAGCCGAAGUGUUAGCUCAAACCACUUACAGUGUUUACUUGUACCAUGUUGUAUUUGUUUUUGAAAGGAUGUUUACUAAUCGUUCUUUGGAUAUUAUUGUUUGGACUGAUAUGCUCUACACUUCACUUGCAAACGUAGUAAAGUGCUUCAGUGUAGCGUAUACGUUGAAUUUAUUGAUAGAGUUGCCGUUCUCUAAUUUACUCACCUUAGCGGCGAAAAGUUCCAAUGCAAGAAAAAAGGUGGAUUAAACCACCAUAUGUUUUUAUUACUGUAAUUAUGUAAAUAAAUAGCUUUAAUUGGUUUUUA